ACCCUGCUGGGUUUCCCCACUAUUGGCAAUUCCGUUCGUGUCAUGAGAAAUCUUUUUUUUUUUGCAUAGCCUUCGGCACGGCAGGAUUUCCAGCAGCCAGAGAGAGCCAGUCGUGCGAACUGCUCCCACUGGAAGAUGGCGGUUGUGAUGCUGUCUGGGACUGGAGCACAGUGCUGGAUCAGCAUAGGAAGCUAACUUGAUGGAUAUAAAGACAAUGUUCAAUUUUUCUUUUCUCAGUCUUCUGGACUGGACUCUUUUGGGAUUGUGUUAUUAGGGCAUACGCACACUUUCACCACCGGCUGAAACUGGACUUAAAGUGGUCUUUUCGGGGACGGGGAAAGCUAGACCGCUAGCCAUAGCUUGCGCAUAGCUUGCUAGAUAACACAUUGAUGGUAGUCCAGGGUGGGAGGAAAGUGGAUGAAAAUGUCGGAUACCAAGGUAAAAGUUGCAGUCAGAGUCCGACCCAUGAACCGGAGAGAAACGGAACUGCAUACGAAAUGUGUGGUGGAUAUGGAGGAUAACCAAACUGUUCUGCACCCACCGCCUUCAAACAAUAAAGGCGAAAACAGCAGGAAACAACCCAAGGUGUUUGCCUUUGACCACUGUUUCUGGUCCAUGGAUGAGUCCAACAUGGCCAAGUAUGCUGGUCAAGAGGUGGUUUUCAAGUGCCUUGGUGAGGGAAUACUGGAAAACGCCUUUCAAGGAUACAAUGCCUGCAUUUUCGCCUACGGACAAACAGGUUCAGGGAAGUCCUUCUCCAUGAUGGGGAAUGAGAAGGCUCCAGGGCUGAUCCCCAGGCUGUGCUGCUCCCUGUUUGAGAGGAUCAGACGAGAGGACAGCCAGGUUCACUCCUUCAAGGUGGAGGUUUCCUACAUGGAGAUAUACAACGAGAAGGUCCGCGACCUGCUGGACCCUAAAGGGAGUCGUCAGUCUCUGAAGGUUAGAGAGCACAAGGUCCUGGGUCCGUAUGUGGACGGCCUGUCACAACUGGCUGUCACUAACUUUGAGGACAUUGAGGUGUUGAUGUCGGAGGGGAAUAAGUCGAGGACGGUGGCAGCCACCAAUAUGAAUGAGGAGAGCAGUCGUUCCCACGCCGUUUUCAGCAUCAUCGUCACACAGACACUCUACAACCUGAAGUCUGGGAACUCAGGGGAGAAGGUGAGUAAGAUGAGCCUGGUGGAUCUGGCAGGUAGUGAGCGUGUCUCUAAGACUGGAGCUGCAGGGGAGAGGCUGAAGGAGGGCAGCAACAUCAACAGGUCUCUUACCACCCUGGGCUGUGUGAUCUCUGCGCUGGCGGACCAGUCUGCAGGGAAAGGGGGGAAGAAUAAGUUUGUUCCUUACAGAGACUCUGUCCUCACCUGGCUCCUCAAGGACAACCUGGGUGGCAACAGCAAGACGUGUAUGAUUGCCACGGUGAGCCCAGCAGCUGAUAACUACGAGGAGACGUUGUCCACGCUGCGUUACGCAGACCGCGCCAAGAGGAUCGUCAACCACGCCGUCGUCAAUGAAGACCCCAACGCACGGAUCAUCAGAGAGCUCCGGGAGGAGGUGGAGAAACUCAGAGUACAGCUCUCUCAGGCUGAGUCUCUGAAGGCCCCAGAGCUGAAGGAGAAGCUCCAGGAGUCAGAGAAGUUGAUCCAGGAGAUGACUGUUACCUGGGAGCAGAAACUACACAAGACAGAGGAGAUUGCUACGGAGCGUCAGAAGCAGCUGGAGAGUAUGGGAAUCUCCCUGGAGACGUCUGGGAUCAAAGUUGGAGAGGACAAAUGCUUCCUGGUCAAUCUGAAUGCCGACCCCGCCCUCAAUGAGCUGCUGGUCUACUACCUAAAGGUACAC